AUGAGUAGUCGCGGAGCAAGCACAGGUUAUGAUCGUCAUAUCACUAUCUUUUCACCGGAAGGACGUCUUUACCAAGUUGAGUAUGCUUUCAAGGCAAUAUCUAAUUCUGGAAUAACGUCCGUUGGUAUUCGUGGUAAAGACAGUGUUGUUAUCGUAACACAAAAAAAAAUUCCGGACAAAUUGCUUGAUCCAUCCACCGUUUCACAUAUAUUUAAAUUAUCAACUUAUGUCGGAUGUGUCAUGACAGGGGCUCAAGUUACUCGUGCAAGGCAAGAAGCUGCCGAAUUUUGCUAUAAAUUUGGAUAUGAAAUUCAAACGGACAUGCUCGCGAAACGGGUUGCAAAUAUUAACCAAGUUUAUACGCAACAUGCAGCCAUGAGACCAUUGGGAGUUUCAAUGAUUCUUAUCGGAUAUGACGAUGAAAGAGGACCGCAACUUUUCAAAUGUGAUCCCGCUGGUUAUUAUGUUGGAUACAAAGCUACCGCUGCGGGAGCGAAGCAGCAAGAAGCCUUGAACUACUUAGAGAAGAAACUUAAAAAGGAUCCAGUUUUAAAUUUUGAAGAAUCAGUAGAGUUAGCUAUUAAUACGCUUUCAUCAGUAUUGUCAGCUGAUUUUAAACCAACCGAAAUUGAAGUUGCGAUUGUCACAAAGGAUGAUCCGAGGUUUAGAACUUUGUCAACCACAGAAAUUGAAGGUCAUCUUCAACGUAUUGUUGAGAAAGAUUAA